GGCUGGGAGGUCCGCUCACUGGCGACUGCAGGUCGUUGGGCCACCCCCAGUCCGCAGGGAAGGGAACCCCACUGCCUUUCCGAGGUGCGCGGCGCCCCCUGCUGCCAGCCGGAGGAGCUCAGAGCCCGCUCGCAGGAGGCUGGGAACAUGGCGGGGCAGUCCAGGAACAUGGCCGGGCAGCCCGCGGCCCCUGGCUUGCCAUCUCCGGACGGGGACGGAACGGAGCCCAACGUCGUGGCUCGGAUCUCACAGUGGGCGGACGACCACCUGCGCCUAGUUCGGAACAUCAGCACUGGAAUGGCCAUAGCUGGAAUAAUAUUACUUACAAGAAGUAUUCGACUGACGUCAAAAUUUACAAGCUCUUCGGAUAUUCCAGUAGAAUUUAUAAGAAGAAAUGUUAAACUACGUGGACGAUUACGCCGAAUAACUGAGAAUGGUUUAGAAAUUGAACAUGUACCUAUUACUUUACCUAUUAUAGCAUCAUUGAGAAAGGAGCCACAUGGUGCUUUGCUGGUUAAGUUGGCCGGAGUAGAACUCACUGAAACUGGGAAGGCAUGGUUACAAAAAGAGCUAAAACCUUCCCAAUUACUGUGGUUCCAACUUCUUGGAAAGGAGAAUUCAGCACUCUUUUGCUAUCUUUUGGUGAAUAAGGGUAGAUAUUUCAAUGUGAAUCUGAAUGAAGAAAUUUUGAGAAGAGGCCUUGGCAAAACUGUUCUUGUUAAAGGGCUUAAAUAUGAUUCUAAAAUCUAUUGGACAAUUCACAGAAACUUACUUAAAGCUGAAUUAGCAGCCGUAAAAAAAGGAGAAGGAAUAUGGAAGGAAGACUCUGAAAAAGAAAGUUAUCUGGAAAAAUUCAAAGAUUCCUGGAGAGAAAUAUGGAAAAGGGACAGUUUUUCAAAAACAACAGGAUCAGAUUUCAAUUUGAAAAAAGAAAGGUAUUAUGACAAACUUAGAAGGACUUAUGAAAUAUGGAAAGACAACAUGAACAACUACUCCUUAAUAUUGAAGUUCAGAGAACUUGUAAGUCGCAUACACUUUCGUAGAAAAGGGUGAAAUAUUCAAGAGAUCUAGAGGUAACCUUCUCCAAAGAGUAAAAUAUGUAAGUAUAUGGACGUUUUUCAUUGACUCAGAAUGGAAGUUUUACCAGCUGAUCAAAGUAUUAGUCUAAUGGUAUUUAAGUAUUAAAAAGAGAUGAUUAUUAUAAGUAUAACGUCAGAAUUAAUUUAAACAAAUUAUAAUUAAUGUAAUAUGUUUUUAGGGAAAAUGAAACACUUUAUAAGAAGUUACUAGGCUGAAUGAUUUAUAUAUGUAGUGCUAAUGUGCAAAGAGAAAGUUUAAUUCUUGA